GAGGACCUACUGUAGCCUUCCGCCGCAUGACCAAAUGUAGUCCUUUCUCCUUAUUGUAAACGAACAGAAAUGCCAUCUAUGACGGUGAAAUAAUGUACCUUACGCAGUUUCUUUGGAGCUCAUUUGCAUGAUAUGAACAAAAUAAAAACGGAGCACGAGGUUUAAAAGAUCCGGUGCGCGCAUUGAUACCAUGGUGGCCGCGAAGGUGCCGGCGUGAAUAACGCGCCCAGUGCUGGCCGGAGAGACGGGACGGAAACCGGGGACUUUCUGGCGGAGAAAAGGAUCCGUGUCUAGUAAUGGAGGAAGGAGUUAAUGGAAGAACUGUUGAUGGACCUUGUACUGAUGGGAUGCAGGAAGAUACCACGGUGUCCGGGAUGCAGGAAGAUACCACGGUGCCCGGGAUGCAGGAAGAUACCACGGUGCCCGGGAUGCAGGAAGAUACCACGGUGCCCGGGAUGCAGGAAGAUACCACGGUGCCCGGGAUGCAGGAAGAUACCACGGUGCCCGGGAUGCAGGAAGAUACCACGGUGCCCGGGAUGCAGGAAGAUACCACGGUGCCCGGGAUGCAGGAAGAUACCACGGUGUCCGGGAUGCAGGAAGAUACCACGGUGUCCAUGAGUGCUAAUGGCACUGAUCUAGCACCAGUACAUUCAACAUCGCAGGAGGUCCGCACGCCAGAAGACACACAGACAGCUGAGUCCCACCUAAACAAACAUGAACUAGAAAUAAAGGGAAAUGAUGAUAUGGAAAUGGAAGAUCUAUAUGGGAAGGACAACCUGGAAGUCCAGGAGCCCAGCAUCAUGCACAGCCAAGACAACAUGGGCAUAGAAGAGUCCGGUGUAACAAAGAGUCCAGAUAAUGGAGAGGUUGAUGUUAAUCAAACACUCGAUAUACCACAACAUGGACAUCCAAUCACAAUACAGAGGCCAUCAGAUGAGGCUGCGAGUGACGUCCCAAUGAGUCCCAUCUCUUUUACAAAGGAAACAGAAACUCUUGAUAUCGAACAAAGUCCAGUCAGUAAGGCCUUACAGGAAGUGACUCGGUGCCUGAUAAUAGAUAACCAAAAUCUGGAAACAAACACAGACAACCUUAUCACUAGUAGUAUAGAGACCAACCAAAUGGAUACUAAAGAAAGCAUAUCGAAAACCUGCUUCUACGAACCAACCAAUCAGAAAAUAAUUCCAAUGCCAGCCGCUAAUAAUAAUAUUCUUCCUGAGUCAGGAAACCCAGAGAUGAGGAAUGACAUGACGUCUAAAAGCAUAGUUCUAGUACCAAGCCCACACACCAAUACUCCGCAAGAGAUUCUGUUAAAGGAGAACGCAGAUAAUGGGGACAAUCUGAACCACGUAAUGGGUGCCAACAGCAUUGGUGUCAUGGGUUCCACCACACAACAAAGCACCAGCCAUCUAGUCACUCCAGUGCCAAACGUCACCAUGCAUCAUGACUACGCCGGGGCAAUAUCUAAUGCACAGAUGCUUUCCUGUCAAACCAACUCAUGUUCUGUACCUGGAGUGUGCAGCAUCUGCCAGUCACUCCUCACCCAGUCACCUCAAACCAUCAUCCUGCCCUCUGAAGUCUCAGGAACUGCUUAUACAGCAAACUCUGUGGAUCGCAUUAUACAUGGAUCAAUCAACCCUCAACUUAUUCAAGGUUGUAUCGUCACAAGUUCUGAGGGCAGAAAUUCUGGUAUCACCCAGUAUUUGAUCCUGGAGGACUCAGAGAAUGUCCCAACUAGUUACCCCAUGACUGUCAGUCAAGACAAUACUAAUAAGGCUUCUGUAACCCAAUCAACUGGUGAUCCUGUGACCGCCUCUGACUUGGAUGCAUUGGAAGGGAUGAUGGAAGUGGUAGUUGUCCAGCAGUACAAAUGCAAGAUGUGCCAGUACAAGAGUAUCUCAAAAUCUACUCUCCUUCGCCAUGUGAAAGAGCGCCAUGUGCCAAUAGUCUAUGAAGACGGACGGGUGUCUCGUAAAGCAGUACGAUUACGAGAGGAGGAAGACGAAGAUGAAGAUGAUAUUGUGGAUGCUGGAGCCAUAGAUAACCCAAAUGAAGACAGUGAUUACAGCCCAGGAGAGGAAACCACCCAAAGUCACCAGUUUGAUGGUGCAGAUAGGGCUUUUGCCAAAGAGAGGCCGCGUAGGCGACCUGGGCGGCCACGUAAGAUUCCACGCAUACAAGGACCCACUCCAGACAGUAGUCUGCCAAUGCCCGUAGCUGUCAGUCAAGCAGAAAUUUCUGUUGUUCUGUCUGAUGUGGAAAAUAAAGAUAUCUCACCCACACCUAUUGAGGAGGAACAGAAACCACCUACUAGGCCACGUGGGCGCCCGCCCAAACACUUGCUGGGUAGAAAGUAUCGUCGCUACAGAGGACGGAGGUGUUAUAAACCUCCAAGUAGGCCACUACUCAGACAAUUUAUGUGCCGUGUCUGUGGCUCCCGUUUCCUCACACAAGAAGACUAUACCUUUCAUGUGAACUCGCACGAUGGCAGUGACCCCCAAACAUUUCGGUGCCAUCAGUGUAACUACCAGUGCCGAAGAUGGUCUUCAUUAAAGGAGCACAUGUUUAACCAUCAGGGAAGUAAGCCACACAAAUGUGACCAGUGUGACUACACAAGUGUCUACAAAAAGGAUGUGAUAAGACACUCUAUUGUGCACAAGCAAGAACGGAAGAAGCAACCUUUGCUGACUUCAAAGAGUUCCACCUAUCCGUGUCCUAUCUGUAGUCGGGUAUAUAACAUGCAGAAGAGGCUGACACAACAUUUAAAAUCGCACAGCAGUGAGAAGCCACACAUGUGUGACAAGUGUGGUAAAGCCUUUAAGAAGCGUUACACCUUUAAGAUGCACCUUUUGACUCAUCUACAUUGUGUGGAGGAGAGCAGGUAUAAAUGUGAGUUCUGUGAAUACAUAUGCGAAGACCGAAAAGAGCUUCUGAAUCACCAGCUCACUCACAUGAAUGACAAGCCAUUCAAAUGCAGUCAGUGCAAAUAUCACACAUUUCGCCAGGACUUCCUGCUGUCUCACCAGGCCACCAAGCAUGCAGGUGGGAAACCUUUUGCCUGUGACUACUGCCACUUCACCACCAAGCACAACAAGAACCUGCGUCUUCAUGUCCAGUGUCGCCACACUCUCCUGUAUCAGGAGUGGUUGCAGCGCCACCCUGAGGAGACACCCUGUCGCCGCCGACCAUUUUUUUCUCACCAGCAAAUUGAACAACUGAAGCAGCAGCAGCAGUAUGACCAACUUGAAGACUUGAACUCUUCAGUGUCCCAUGCAGAAGGUCAACCCAGAGAGCUCACUUAUCACCUGCUGCAACCACAAUCUCAGGAGGUAGGACAGGAAGAGAAUACACUGGAAGGUGCUACUAUCAUAUAUGAGCAAGAUGGAGAAGCAGAUGAACUUGCAACUCAGGCUGCUCUUGAUCUUCUGUUGAACAUGAGUGCUCAGAGGGAUGGCAGCGGAGGACCACUACAAGUAGCAGUGGUUAAAUCAAUGGACAGCCAGGAAUCGGAGGUCACAUCGCAGGAGCCUCACAUGGCUCAGGUACUAACGCUGCACAUGGAUGAAAGACAAGUCACAGAUGUGCAAGAAACAGGCUAUGAAGAGUCUAGUGUGACCGAGGCAGGCUACGAAGGAACCGUACAGCAAAUCACUAUUAAUUCAGCCUUUACCACUGCAGAGUACAACCUUGUAAAUGCAGAGAACAUACAAGCAUCACUGUGCAGCAAUAAUGAUGCCCUUUCUAGAUCUCCACAAACACAACUGGCCAACAGUGUCAAGGACAGGAAUACCCUCCAGAUCCUGAACAAGCCACCACAGCCACACGUCACUGCAAAUCAGACUCAAGCUUCAGCAAAGAAGUUCUCUUGCAAGAUUUGCAAUUCUGCCUUCUGGGGCCGAGCAGAAAUGGAGACUCACAAAAAGGCGCACAUCGAAGGGCGCAGCGGGUUCAAAUGCCCAGACUGCGAUUUCACUGCAGACGACUGGCCUGAGGUCAGGGAUCACAUGUCUGUACACUCCGACCUCCGGCCUCACCGCUGCAAUCAGUGCAGUUUUGCCUCCAAAAAUAAGAAAGAUCUAAGCCGACAUGCAAUGACUCACACUAACCACAGGCCCCAUUCAUGUCAUGUGUGUGGACAGAGGUUUUCUAGAAAGGGACACUUAAAAUUCCAUCUUCAGAGGCUGCACACAGGCGCCAGCAUGGAGCAGCCUGAACAAGCAGAGCAUAGAUCUGCCUCGGUCGUAGAUGAAGAGCACAUAUUCCUAACCCAGGAGGAAGCCAUGAGCGGUCAGGAAGACACGGCUUAUAUUCAGGAAAUUACAACUGCCGAUGGACAGACUCUUCAGCAGCUGGUCACAGCAGACAACCAGGUUCGGUAUAUUAUAUCACAGGAAGGUGUUCCUCAUCUGAUUCCCCAGGAAUAUGUUGUGCUCCCAGAAGGCCACCAUAUUCAGGUUCAAGAUGGACAGAUAACUCACAUUCAAUAUGAACCAGGAGGGCCGUUCAUCCAGGACCCUCAGAUUCACUUUGUGCCCAUGUCACCUUCCCAGCAGCUUCUUACACAAGAGCAGCUUGAAGCCGCAGCACGCUCCGCCGUUACAGCUGUGGCAGAUGCAGCAAUGGCUCAGACUGUUUAUACGGCGGAAGCCGACUCGGCUCUUCAGCAGGAAAUACAGUAUGACGUGAUCACUUUGGGGGAAUAAAUUCAUGUCAUCUCUCCUUGCUUAAUAAAAAAAACGACUUCUAGAGCUUCCUGAUGAUAUAAGUUAUCCUUUGCCCAUUGUAUUGAAUGGAUUCUGCCAUUGUGUACAGUAUAUAUGGCAGUCGUUUCAUAUCUGCGGUGUCUCAGCAGGUCCCGGCCAGUUGCUCUGGAAACUGCUUGCACUGCCUUCUCUGCACCAGGCUUUUUAUGACCUGAUGAUUUCUAAAGUGUUUCUCGUUUUUUUUUGGUUUUUU